AAUGCCGUUAAAGGUUACUUUAUUUGAAUUUACAUAAUUUUAUUUUUCAGUGCAGUACAAGUGUUCAUGUUCAUUUGCAUAUUUUCAUCUUUUUUAAUUUAUAUGUGUUUAUUAUUAGAGUAAAUUAUUUUCAAUUUUUAUUCUUUUAAUUUUUAAAAGAAUUUGGGGGUUAUUUGAAUUUAAUAAUGAACCGCGAGGUAGGUAUAUUGCGAUAGUUGUGUUCCAAAUUUUCAAUUGGGUGAUGACGACAACUCUCAUUAUUCUAAAUACCGCUGAUUUCAUUGUUAAUUUUGACGACCUGGGUGAAGUAUCCUAUAAUUUGGGUUACAUAUUUCCAAUGGUGACGGCAUUUAUAAAGGCUUUCACACUUGUCAAACACCAAAAAUCUAUUCGUAAGCUCCUUAAUGAUAUUUAUAGACCUAUUGCUGAUUUGAAAUACUCGUCAGAUCUAGGAGCGUUAACAGCCGUCAGAAUAGGAGUAACCUACCAAAAUAUGGAUUUUAUUAUAUUUAUAAUCGCCUGUUCAUUUGUUGUGUUAACACUUGUAUUGCCAUUGCCAAUAAUAUUGAAGACACGUCAAUUACCAAUACGUGUUGUUGUUCCAUUUGAUAAAGAACCGGACCCGAUAUUUGAAUUUGUAUUUGUAUUUGAACUUUACGGAUUAUUUACCGAAUGCAUGUGGACUGUAAUAUACGACCCAAUAAUUAUGGGAUUUAUAAGAUGGAUUGACGUUCAAGUGAUUAUACUAAGAGCCAACUAUAGUCAUUGCAAUGAUCUCGAUAUACCUCGUGCCACUUUUUCAAUGGAAGAAGAAGAAUACAGAACAAUUAAAAACUACAAGUAUUUCAGCGUAACUCCAGAACAAAGAAAAAUACGUGCAUUUGUACCUUUUUCAUCGGAAGAAGCUAAUGUUCAAAAUGAUUCAUUUGUAAAAAGAUUUAGACUUUGUGUUAAGCAUCAUCGUCGACUAAUAAACCUUCUCGACAGAUUUAACAGUACAUAUAGCGUUGUAUUGUUUGCCCAAAUAUCAUCAGAUUGUUUAUUGACAUGUAUUGGACUUUUUCAAAUGGCUUUAGCACUCAAGAGGAAAAGAAACAUUUUCCGAGAUGUUAUUAUGCUCGGAUCUGGUUUGAUCCAUUUAGUUUAUUGGUGCAUUCUCGGAAAUCAAUUAAUUGUUCAGAAUGAUAAAUUAUGGAAAUCUAUGUAUGCUUGCGGAUGGGAAAACAAUAUUGGGCCUAAAUCGAAGCAGCUUGUGCUGAAUGGAUUAAUACAAGGAUUGACUCCUUUGGAAAUGAAGGCUGGCUAUUUUUUUGUUUUCUCCAUGGAAACAUAUUUAUCGGUUAUACAGAAAUCUUACUCAUAUUUUGCACUUCUCAACACUGUGAUGGACGACGAGGAAUAAAUAACAUAGAAGUUAUUAGAGUAAUAAUAUUGGAAACGAAUAAUGUAUUUUAAUCAGGGAUAGGGAGUAAAAGUUUAACUCAUUUUAUGAUAUCCUCCUCGAGCAAGCGACAUGAAAAAUGAUGACACUAUACUCACUCGUGAGUUAUCCCUACUGCUGGGGUACUUUAUUAAAAUUUUUAAUAAAGAAGUUUCAGCACAAAAUUUCAUUUUUAAAAAUUAUUUAUUUGUACGUAAUCAUUUUAAACAAUAAGUACAUAAUUUUAAAUUCUUUUCUUCUCAACGGCACUCUCGGUGGAGAAAAUAAUCAGUAGA